AUGAGGAGGGAACGCGCUCUCCGUAUCCUGCUGUUAGCCUUAGCUGCAGUGUUUUCACUCCUCUACUUGGACCCUCGGGUGUUGACUGGCACAGAUAUCGAUGACGUGGAACUCGAUGCUGUUCCAACAAAAUCUGAACCAGCAAACAAUGUUACUCUGAAGCAACCUGAACACGUUUUUCUCGUCAAUGGUCUGGUGGAAAUUGUCGACCCAGCCGCUCCUCAUCCGAUAUACGAGCUUAUCCAGAAGGCGGAGGCAGAAUGGAAAGGAAAACUUGCACGUGCGAGCACGACCUUCACACAAGCAGUAGCAGAAUAUCGCAGGCGGUGGGAUUACGUUCGUGAACACGCUGUUGAGCUCCCAGACGAAUACGACCAGAUAAACGAUGACCUUGAGCCUUUCUGGGGGCUUGAGCCAAAAGAUUUCCUUGCAAUUCGCUCCGAACUCGAGGCUAAGAUUGACUCGUACACUGUUGGAAAGAGCGCGACAACCGGAGUUCACGUUGUCAAUACGUCGUUUGCACCAGGAAAAUACGACCAGCUCAUCAAGGGCUCUGUCGCAGUCGUUGAUCUCUUGCGGGACGUCGAGGAUCGCCUUCCCCCGUUCCGAGCCGUGUUUUCCCCACACGACAGCCCAAACCGACUCUCCGAUUAUUUCGUAGAAGAGGCUGCAAGGAGGGCUGCCAGACAGAAUAAAUAUGUUCGUCGAAACCAGCUACCAAACAUUGACCCAACUGGUUGGAUAUCAGCCUGCUCGCCUGGGUCCCCUGCCCGCGACUUUUCUAUUGACGAAGCGUCUGAGCCACCACCUCCCAAUUCCAAGAAGACAUUCAUUCAUGACCACAAGCUUGCUAUGGAUCCAUGUCUGCACCCUCGCCACUUCUGGCGACACGGCCAAUUGCUCUCGUACGAUAAAGGCCCCACCCCUCAGCGGGAAUUAGUUCCAGAAUUUUCGUAUUGCUCCUCGCAUCUACACCACAAUAUCCGCUUUCCUACUCCUUAUGGCUGGGUGGACGACCUUUCUCACGGAGAUAAUCCAGACUGGCAAGAUAGACCAGACGAGCGUGUCCUCUGGCGCGGUAGCAACACAGGCAUAUUCCACUCCCAGAAGACGCGCUGGAGAACAUCCCAACGCGCAUUAUUGAUGCAACUCACCAACAACAUUCGCGGAUCAAUUUCUAUUCUCGGUCCCAGUAACAGCCCCACGGAUCCCGUUGGACAGCCAGUCCAGAUUAGAAGCGCAAGAGUGAACCCGGGGAUAUUCGACGUUGCAUUUGCGGGCGACCCAAUCAUGUGCGACAAGCAGACUUGUGAACUCCUACAAAAGUUAUUCCCGUGGCGAAAACGGCAGUCGGCCAAGGAUGCUGGCGAGUAUCGAUAUGUAUUAGAUGUUGACGGGAAUGGCUGGUCGGGGCGGUUCAAGCGAUUGAUAACCUCUAACGCGCUCGUGUUCAAGGCGUCCUUAUAUCCUGAAUGGUGGCUUGACCGUGUUCAGCCAUGGGUUCACUACAUUCCUAUCCAACUAGAUCUUAACGACCUCCAUGACGCUGUCAUAUUUUUUCGCGGAGAUUCCAGUGGAGUCGGAGCACACGAAGACCUGGCGCGCAAGAUUGCCGAACAGGGGCGAGCGUGGAGCAGGAGGUUUUGGAGGAGAGAGGACAUGGUUGCACAUUUUUAUAGGUUAAUUCUGGAGUAUGCAAGGUUGAUGAGUGAGGACAGGGAGGCGAUGUCGUAUCAUUCACAAACUGAUUUAAGUUUGUGCUAA